AUGGAUUCCAACGCUGACCAUUUCUGUAAGGCUGAAAUCUCGACAGAAACACCCAAAGCCGAAGCUUUUUCUCGCCCUUGGAAGUCAAGUGACUUGGUUCUUAAAGUCGCAGGCAGGGAGUUUCAUGUCCAUCGAGCCGUAUUGAUCAUAUGUUCGCCAGUGUUUGAGGCCAUGUUGUCUUCAAAUUUCAAAGAAAAAUUUGCCCCCGAAAUACCACUUCCGGGUAAAGAUGCAACGGAAAUAGAGCAGCUGCUUCAAGGUAUUUAUCCUGAUCAGGAUCUAUUUAUCUCAAAGGAAAACUGUCUCGCCCUUAUGAAGCUUUCGACUGAAUACCAAAUCGAUCGACUGAAAAUCCGUUGUGAGGAAUACUUAAGAUACUGGUGCAUAACAGACAUGACCGUAGACGAAGCCUUGGAAGUGAUAAUCGUCAGCCAGAGAUAUCCUCUUGAAAAAUGGAUAGUUGAGACAUGCGUCAAUAGGUUUGUGUCGCAGACUCGUGAGACUUGGGAGGAAAUACAGAAACAUAAGCGUUACUCUGAACUAGAACCCGAUUGUGUCAAACGGCUUACCGAGGCAAGAGUGAACUAUUUGGAGAAAAUGUUGAAUAUUGGACAGAACCCGUAUUACCAAGGAGUCUUUUUACCUGACGAUGAAUGUCAGGCUGAAUUAAAAACUGAGAACCACUUUAGAGUGUAAGGAUAUCAUGUCCGUCCCUACCAAAAGACCGGCCGGUAUGUGUACUAGCUGUUUAGAAAGAAGCAAGAAAAACGGCACAUUACAAAGAAAACGCUCUUUAGUUAAGAUGUUAAUCCAUAUAGGGAGCAAGUUCUAAUUGUUUGAAUUGUUUUAACGUUUCCUUCUUGGAAAAGAGACGGCCAUUUCAGGGACCGCGGAGGGGGAGGGGCUGGUAGGGCCGCGGCCCCACCACUUUUUUCCGCCCCCGCCCCCACUUUUUGCGCUGAAAAGAAAAAUAAUUAAAAUAAAAAAAAAGACUUGAAACAAGUUUUUUCCGUCUAUAUUCCGCUAUAUUCUCUGUAUUUUCUUUAAUUUUAAACGCAGGCAUUUUGUGGGGCUCUUGUACUUUUCGCGGUAAUUGUGCCCUGGGGACGACUUGCCCCUUGAUCAAACGCCAUGCCUUGGCCACCCCUUCGCUUCGUUCGGCAGCGUGUUUUGUACUUCCAGCUCCGGCAGAGUUUUUUAUCAGUUUUAUCAGACGAAAUGAAGAAAAUUACUAGCUUUUUCAAGCCAAACGAAGGUGAGUAGUUGUUUUAAGUUGAUAAAAGUUUUAUAUUUUGUCUUUCUCCUUUCGAAUCAAUGAAAUAUUCGAUGGCAAGAAGAAUUACAUUACUUGAACAGUGAACGGCCAUAGUUAGAAAUUUUUCAGAUCACUUCAGUGUAGUAUUUUCUAUACUAAAAUUGUAAUCGCGUCUUUUCUUGCAUUGAAUCUUAACUGACCGUGUAUGUUGGUCGUUUAUUAGAGUUAGCUGGGACUUCGUCAAAGUCUGUAAGCUCUGCAGAAAAGACGACAACUACUUGCAGUGAAAAUGGUGAGUUUGAGUUUGACCAGUAAACAUUUCAAUAUAUUGUUAAAAGUUUCAUUUUUUGGAAGUGCGAGUUGUUUCUGACUAAUAUUCGUUAAAUGUAAUUGGAUUUUUGGUGAUGGGUUGUAUAUUUAUUCUAUUUAUAAUAUUCUAAUUAUUGUCAGCAAUCCUGUAAUUUAGCAUACACAUUUGCUGGACGGAAUGAAAAUCGUAUGAAGAAUUUCGGUAUCUUCACUAAUGCCGACCUAAAAAGAGCAACAAAUACUGGAUAAAGUAUGCAAAGUCACACGACAGAAACAAAUCAAAAUACUAUGAUUUUAUUCCUUUUUUCGAUUUUCGAUACGAAAAAAAUCAUUUUCAAUUGUCAGCCCUUCCACUUUUCACCUUGCUCCGCGGUCCCUGCAUUUCAACGUGGUCCACCGAGCCACGCAGGGCAAAGGCAGUUAUUUCGCUCUUGGGAAUGGAGCCCACGAUCUCCCGCCAGCGUUCUGCCGACUUAGUCUCAUACGCAGUUGUCGUCACGCAACGCUCCUUUCCAGCGUUACGAGGCUAAAAGACUUAAAUUCAGGCUACAGAUGACAAAAC